AGAAAAAGGAAGACCAAAAUGUAGAUGCAUCAGUCCUUCUGAGAAGGGGGAACAAAAUACUCACAGGGGGAAAUAACGGGACAAAGAGUAAAGCAGAGACUACCCCACCUGGGGAUCCAUUCCAUAUACAGCAGCAAAUGUUCUUAAUGGCUGAGCCAACUCUCCAGUCGUGGUUUAUGUUCUGUUUUCUGAGGCAGGAUCUCAUAUAACCCAGGCUAGCCUGGGACCGGAGUUGUGUAGUUGAGGGUGACUUUGACCUCUUUUCAGAUGAAAAUGUAACUUUAUACACAUGUAAUAGGAUAUAUUAGAAUAGGCAUAGACAAAGAAGAAGCUCAAAGAGUCAGUGCCAUUUUGCUUGCAGGGAGGAAGGCGUAAGAAACUGGAACAAACUAGGGUUUUGAGGAAAACAUUCCAAGACUUGCCUCCAAAGGAGUUACGGAACAUAAAGUUAGGAUUCAGGUGCCAAAGUUAAUCCUUGCCGCUUAAUGUACACGUGUAAUAAAGAGUCCAAAAUUCCGUUUGGAAUAAGAAGUUUUUCAUUAAGUAUACAACAGUUUGUUUCUCAGAAAGUGAUAGGUCACCCUUUAGAUGUGGUUUCAGGUCAACCUUUACACGGGGUUUCAGUUAUGCAAGUACCAGAAAAUCUCAAGUACAAAUAACACCUAUGCUGAUUCAGGCAAGUGUAACACUGAGUCAGUGUUUUAGGUCCUGUUGGUUGUGUUGUAAGCCAUCUCUGCAGCCAACAUUUUGGGUUUAUAAAUGUCAGCAGUUAUUAUAUUUUGGUUUUUAUUGUAUAUGCUCACUAUAACCUUUUUGUUUUUGUUUAUUUUUGAGACAGGUUCUCACUGUGUAGCUCUGGCUAUUUUGAAACUAACUAUGUAGACCAGGCUAGCCUCAAACCCACAGAGAUCCACCUGCUUCUCCCUUCUGAGUGCUGGAAUUAAAGGCGUGUGCCACUAUGCCCAGCUGAUGUUCACCAUAGUUAAAACAACAGAUGACACACAUUAAGUGAAGAGAGUUGAAUUUUAAUGAUAAUCAUGGUAAUUCUUGAGAUAAUGCUUACACAGAAUGAACCAGUAUUGAUUAAUUGGCAUUUUACACACACCGACCAAGAAAACUUAAAACAACUAUCAAAGGCAGUCUCCCCUGAGUAGACUAUGGUAAUGUCUACUAUUAAAUAUUUAAAUAUGGAUGCCAAAGUAUUACAGAGAGCACUAUAGUUCACUUGGAGUAAAAAUAGCCUGUCAGUCAUCCUAAUCAGGAUCUUACAAAAGCAUCAGGUUUCCAGGAGAGACACUAUUCUAGAAAAGUCAGUAAAUCUUUUGGUAGUUUUACAUCUGUAAAACCAGGAACAGGCUAUCUCUUGGAGUCUGAAGAAGAUAGCCAGUCCCACCAUGACAAGAUUCCAGCCACAGUGGAAGAUGAAAAGACCUUCCUUCAGCUACGUCCCCUGGUUCUAGAGGAGUCUCCUGUGUAUACACGUUUGUGGCAUCUGAGCCGUAGAAGCAUUUUCCAGACUGUAAAGACCCACGCUCCUAAUCUCCUCUAAUCUUGAACUUCUGAUCCUCCUCUUCUGACCUUCACUGGAUUCUAGAGAGACCUCCUUGUCUAUGAAAUGCAGUUAACACAGCAGCUGGACUUGUUUCCCGAGUGCAAGGUGACCCUUCUGUUAUUUAAAGAUGUAAAAAAUGCAGGAGACUUGAGAAAAAAGGCCAUGGAAGGAUCUAUAGAUGGCUCAUUGAUAAAUGCCAAUGUGAUUGUCGAUCCAUUUCAAAUACUUGUGGCAGCAAACAAAGCCGUUCAUCUCCACAAACUGGGAAAAAUGAAGACAAGAACUCUGUCUACUGAAAUUAUCUUCAACCUCUCCCCAAAUAAUAAUAUUUCAGAGGCUUUGAAGAAGUUUGGCAUCUCAGAAAGUAACACUUCAGUUCUGAUUGUUUAUGUUGAAGAUGGAGACAAACAAGUGCAUCAGGAACACCUAGUAUCUCAAGUGGAAGGCCAGCAGGUGCCCUUGGAAAGUCUUCCUGAAAUAACAAGGCUCUCAGAAGUCAGGAAGAUAUAUAAACUGUCAUCACAAGAAGAGAGGAUUGGGACAUUAUUGGAUGGUAUCAUUUGUAGAAUGUCAACAAAGGAUGUUUUAUAAGUUGUUUAAAAUAUCAACAGAAAAUCAUAGAGGUAAUUACUAGCUUUUCUUUCCCACUUCUAAAAUUAACAUUCUCAUCACAGGAAAAGGGAAGAAGGUACUACUACCAGUCCGUUUGUUUUUUUACUUCUUAAAGAUAACCUCUGUCACUGGUUUUAUCAUUGUUAUUUAGUCCUCUACUUAUAUUUCAAGACCUUUCAUUUUUAUACAAUUGGAAUAAAAAGUGCAAGCACCUAGAGAAGGCUUCGGUGCUCAAGGCUCAGCCUCAGUAAUCCUUCAUCACUUUGUCACUCACCUUAUACUUCUGGCUUUUCCACAUUGCCCUUCUAAGCUCUGGGUCCUGAGAGUUUUACGCCUAAGAAUUUCUUUUACUCUAAGCCAGGUGUGGUGACUUUUUACAGUCCACUACUCAGGAGGCUGAGGCAGGAGAAAGCUACAAGUUCAAGAUCAGCCUAAAGUACUAUGUCAGUUCCCUUCUCAAUAAAUACACAGCAGUUCAUUUAACUCUCUUAGCCACUUAUUAAGUGGAUAUGUCUUUGUGCCUCUUUAUACACGAGGCAACUGAAAGAUUGUAGGAAUACUAACCGAUUAGCCUAGGGUCAUGUAACUAGUAUAAAACCAUGUUUGACGGUUCCUUUUCCCCCUCACUUUAUCUUGUAUUUUGAUUGUAUCCAUCACAAUAGGUUUGGUCAAAGGUCAGCAAAACAUUGCUCCUCAAAGGCCAUCUGGUCCCUGCUCAAUUACUCAAUACCACCUUUGCAGUCUGAAAGCAGAUACAGAGGACAGGUGGAUAGUGAGUGGCCUCUGUCCGUAAGCAUUGAGUUGAGCUGGCGGUGGGCAGCCCUGGAGUUGAGGCUGUGGACUCCAGAGUUGGUUAUAGUGACAGUCAGGCCUUAAAGCUCACUGGCUCAGUACAGCAGAAGGAAACAUUUCGUUAUCUUUAAGGUCAUACAGACCAUAGGGAAAACCGGCAGCUGUGUUUUAGGAGCCUUCUGCUGGGCCUCUCACCCUGGGCUUUUAGGUUACCGUGCAGCUGGGCAGAAGCUCUGGGGAGGCAGUGUACCUUGAAAGCAUCCACACGGGAGAGACCAUAUUGCUCACCUCUUUUCUUUCAUACAAGUUUUAAAAUGGUGACUCCAUGUUCUUCCCCCAAGCCCAGUCAGUUCUGCGCCUUCAGUCCUCUCUAGAGCUCCUAGUCUGAAAAGCCUGGAACCCUCUCAGAGUGCAGUUCUAGGGUUGUUCUCUAGGUACCCUGUGGUGGUUUGAAUACACCUGGCCUAGGGAGUGGCACUAUUAGGAGGUGUGGCCUUGUUGGAGUAGGUAUGGCCUUGACAGAGUUGGAGUAGUAUGUCACUGUGGGCAUGGGCUUGGGAGCCAGUCUUUUCUUGGUGGCCUUCAGAUGAAGAUGUAGAGCUCUCAGCUCCUGCACCAUGCCUGCCUAGACACUGUCAUGCUCCUGCCUUGAUGAUAAUGGACUGAAACUCUGAACCUGUAAGCCAGCCCCAAUUAAAUGUCCUUAUAAGA